AACUGAAAAAAUUGAAAAGGGCAAUUUCUUCGGACGUCGCCUGGUGUCGUUUACUCGUACUAAAUUUUCUCUAGGACAGCUGAGACUCUCUUCCUCGGAUCGGUGGAUUUCUCCUCAUUCUAGGACUUUUUCCAGAUCACUGCGGAAAAUGAUAAACGCCGUCGCGAAGUCGUGCCUGGCGAAUUACCUGAGGGGCGCCUCCCAGAUGGCCGCCACGUCGGGGAAGAGCCUCUCUGCGACCGUCGUAUUGCAGAGCCCGUUGACUGUCGACCCUCCGCAGCAAAUCCUCACCGGAUCCUCUCUGAGGAAGGUCUUCCCUUGCGGGGAUGUCAGGGUGAAAGCCGGACCAGCCGUUACAACCCAAGUCAGAUUUGCUCAUACAGACAUACCUGUCCCGGAUUUCUCGCCUUACAGGAGGGCAUCUGUCCAAGAUCCAAAAACCUCGUCGAAACAAAGCGAUGAUUCGAGAAAGACUUUCAGCUAUCUUGUUGUAGGAGGAGGUGCAGUAGCUGGCGCAUAUGCAGCAAAGGCUACUGUAAAUAAGUUUAUAAUGUCGAUGAGUGCCUCUGCUGAUGUAUUGGCCCUGGCAAAGAUCGAAGUUGAUCUGGGAGAUAUCCCAGAAGGAAAAAGCUUCACUGUCAAAUGGAGAGGAAAACCUUUGUUUAUCCGUCACAGAACGCAAGAAGAGAUUAGCAAUGAGCGACAAGUCAGUUUGGCAGAACUUAGAGAUCCGGAAAAAGAUGAAGACAGGGUUCAAAAGCCAGAGUGGCUCAUCCUUAUCGGAGUGUGCACCCAUCUUGGUUGCGUACCGAUCGCAAACGCCGGUGACUACGGUGGAUAUUACUGCCCUUGCCACGGGUCUCAUUACGACAACUCUGGCCGGAUUCGCAAGGGGCCUGCACCGCUCAACCUUGAAAUUCCACCCUACGAAUUCACAGAUGAAAAGACUCUGCUUGUCGGAUAAAUUAAGUUAUUAGAAUUCAAAACUUUUUAGCUAAAAUAAACAUGUAUAAAUCUUUGUACAUUGUUUUUCCUGUUUUGUCGUGUAUUUAUUCCACAUCCUUCAAAUGUUCUAAUAUAUAAUUGGUCUUGUUUAUAAACCCAAAAACUAAUUAAAUUGUUGUUAAUACAAACUGUUGAUAAUUUUAAA